AUGACCAGGGAGGAUAAGAUCAUGCUUGGAAUAGUCCGGACUGGUCACUGGCACACCCCCCAACGGGCAAGCUCCAACUCUCAGGACCUCAGCAGCUGCCUACGACAGAUGCCAAUCACUGGCUCACUCUGAUCCAGGCGGUGAGCUGAGUGAAUCAGUGGGGCAAGAAACCGGAAAAAAUUUCACAGUCAUCUGUGCACCAAACUAGUUAUGAAUGUACAUAUAUGACCUUGUUUAUAAGAACAGCAGGACUUUCCAAUCACCUAAAGGAAGCGGAGCACACACACACACACACACACACCAAGAACUUCGAAAGGUCUGAAAGCUGUUGACUGUUUCGAAAGGAAUAUUGUUUGCAAGGCACAAGGUGUCUUGAGAGUGAGCAACCUCGGGGCGCAUGCGCAAGUCCUUUCCGGAAUUAUUGCUGUGCCUUGGACUAAGUUGCAUUCCUUGAAUCUUCACAGAAAAGAGAAUUCUUUAAUCAGAGUUAGGAAUGUGGACAGUUCAAAAUCGGGAGUGCCUGGGGAUUCUGUCUUUCCCUAUGAUGAUAGCUAUGGUCUGUUGUGCACAAAGCGCUAAUGAGCCCAGCAACAUGUCAUACGUGAAAGAGACAGUGGAUAGAUUGCUUAAAGGAUAUGACAUUCGCUUGAGGCCAGACUUUGGAGGCCCUCCUGUUGAUGUGGGGAUGAGGAUAGAUGUCGCCAGCAUAGAUAUGGUUUCUGAAGUCAACAUGGACUAUACACUGACAAUGUAUUUUCAGCAGUCAUGGAAAGAUAAAAGACUGUCUUAUUCUGGAAUCCCAUUAAACCUCACUCUGGACAACAGGGUGGCAGACCAGCUCUGGGUGCCAGACACAUACUUCCUGAAUGACAAGAAAUCAUUUGUGCAUGGGGUUACAGUAAAGAAUCGGAUGAUCCGACUGCAUCCUGAUGGAACAGUCCUUUAUGGAUUACGGAUCACAACAACAGCUGCUUGCAUGAUGGAUCUGCGAAGAUACCCUCUGGAUGAACAGAAUUGCACGCUAGAGAUUGAAAGUUAUGGUUACACCACUGAUGACAUUGAGUUUUACUGGAAUGGAGGCGAAAGUGCCGUAUCAGGGGUUAACAAUAUUGAACUGCCUCAGUUUUCAAUUGUGGAUUACAAGAUGGUGUCAAAGAAGGUGGAAUUCACAACAGGGGCAUACCCACGGUUAUCACUGAGUUUUCGACUUAAAAGAAACAUUGGUUACUUCAUUUUGCAAACUUACAUGCCUUCUACACUGAUUACGAUUCUGUCCUGGGUAUCUUUUUGGAUCAACUAUGAUGCAUCUGCGGCCAGAGUUGCUCUAGGAAUCACCACUGUGCUGACCAUGACCACCAUCAGCACUCAUCUCAGGGAGACCCUGCCAAAGAUCCCCUAUGUCAAAGCAAUUGAUAUUUACCUGAUGGGAUGCUUUGUGUUUGUGUUCCUGGCUCUGCUUGAAUAUGCCUUUGUAAAUUACAUAUUCUUCGGGAGAGGACCUCAGAAAAAGGGAGCUGGGAAAGCAGAUCAGGGGGCUAACGAGAAGAACAAACUGGAGAUGAAUAAAGUUCAGGUUGAUGCUCAUGGCAACAUUCUUCUUAGCACCCUGGAAAUCAGGAAUGAAGCCAGUGGUUCAGAAGUGCUUACAAGUGCUAGUGACCCCAAAGCCACGAUGUAUUCCUACGACAGUGCAAGCAUACAGUACCGGAGGCCCCCUACCCGAGAGGCCUAUGGCCGAAGUGCUUUGGAUCGGCAUGCCAUUCACAACAAGGGGCGCAUCCGGAGACGGGCAUCACAGCUUAAGGUCAAGAUCCCGGAUUUGACUGAUGUGAAUUCUAUAGACAAGUGGUCAAGGAUGUUUUUUCCAGUCACUUUUUCUCUUUUUAAUGUUGUCUAUUGGCUUUACUACGUGCACUAAAUUCUGUUAUGAUAACACAAUUUAGAUCAUUAUCCUCCUCUAUUGUUUUUUUCCCCUAUAUCUCACAGGUCCCUAGCAGCUACACUGAUGUAUUUUUAAGGUAAGAUAUUCAGCCAUCCACUUGGUUUUAGCUCCAACAUAUCAGUUUUAUUACUGUACCAUGUUUACUUCAAAUGAGAAUGGUAUUUCCCCCCAGUACAUUUCGGUCCAGAUUAUUAGCUCUUUGAGAGCAGCUUUGAAACAAUCACUAUUUAUCAUCAUGUUUACAAAAAAAAAAUAUGACAACAACAGAAAGAGAGAUCUAGGGCAACUUUUCCUAAUAUCUCUCAAUUUGAUUUUUCUUCUUUUUUUAAUGAAAAUGAAAAGAAAACCUUGCUCUUUUCCUGUACUGCUUCCUGGUGAUCUGUAACAACAUCAUGCUGCCAAAAAAAAAUCUAAUGUCUCAGAACAAGCCAUUGACAAGUUACAGAUUCUCAGGAAAUCUCUGUUCCCUCCACCCCACAACAGAGGGAAAAACAAGGAAUCCCAAAGAGUGAGAAAGAUUCUCCCACCCACUCCCCUCCCAGAAUCUACUCUAUACCUGUUGUGAAGGGUUUCCUAAUCUGUGGAGUGGAGAGUCGAGGAGGUAGGGGUGGAAGGGAGGCAGAGACGUCAGCAAUUUGCCUUUAAUUGUGCUUGUCCCAAGUGUGUAUCAAGGUCCUGUAAUUCCCUGCUUAAAUGAUGUGCUAUACCUUUAAGCCAGAUCCUCUGGAAAGGACUUAUUUCUAGGACUGUCAGGCAAAAUGUAAAUUAACUUUAGAACCAAGCUUGUCUGUUAUUGUGAACAUCUUUUCUUCUUCUGACUUAGAAAAUUUUGUGGCAAUGUGCCAUUUUUCUAAAAGACUAUUUCAGCUAAAAAGCCCUUGCCUCACAUCAUCCUUCCCUUCCUGUUGCUAUUCCUUGAUGCUCUUCUAUCAUAUUUUAAAGUUCCUGCUCCAAAUAAGAGAGAGACAUAAAAAGACAGAGAGAGACACAAAGAGAUAGAGAAAUACAUACAGACACACAGAAAGACACCAAGUCAGACACAACCAGAAAAACAAAGACACACAGACACAUCAAGAGGCAAAUACAAAGAAAGACACAUAUAGAACCAAAGAGAGGUAGGGAAAGAGGGCUGGGAGGGAGAGAAAGAGAGGAAGACAAUAUUUUAUUGAGAAAUAAUUUUCUCCUUUCCAUAGAAGAGGCAAAAUGUAUGUGCUAAGAAAGUAUGAACUGCCAAAUAUAACAUGAAAAAGGAGGUAUUUCUCAGUGUUUCAAGAAGCAUUAUCUAAAUCAUGAGCUGGUUACAACUAAGAGUUCUUCUGAAGGAGUUUUCUAGGGUAGUUUAUGAUCAUCAAGGCAUUAGCUUACUUCUGGAGAGUAAAAUAAAUGUAAAUAUUCAACAUGUGCUCUGGAGUAUGAAAUGUAAAAUGAAUACUUUGGGACAGUCCUGAGAAAACCAAAAAGAUGUUCUCCUUUUCUAUUGAGAAUCAAUCUCCAUUUUCAAAAGACCUCAUUGAAGCAUGGUUAGUUUCAAGGGGAAAAACAAUAAUCAUGAGGCCUGCAAAAAUGGACUUCUAGAAACAGGAAGAUAUCCCUUUAUUCCACCUGAACUCCUUCUCCUUCUCUUCCCCACCUUCAAUUCCUCACCAUGCUCCUCCCUCCUUCCUACACCUAACUAGAGGAGAGAUGACUGCUACUUGCCAAGGCAUGAAGUAAUUGUCUUGGUGGCCCCUGCCUCCUUCUCCUCUCCUCUCCUCUCCUCUCCUCUCCUCUCCUCUCCUCUCCUCUCCUCUCCUCUCUCUUUGCCUCCAGCUUUUCAGAGCCUGCCACUCACUUCCUACACACACUGGUUCAUACAGAUGUUGUUAAACAUUCUUGGUUACCCUUAGCUCAUGCCCAACCCUGGGAGAAUCAAGGCUGAAUAUUAUGGAGAGAAGAAAGAUUUAUAGCCUCCAACUGGUCAUUUUAUUCAUGUGCAUUAAAAUGGUCAUAACAUAUUACAUUGCUUAAAUGACAGAAGGAGCUUUAAAAAAAAAGGAAAUGCUGUGGGCUAACUAUAUUCCACUAUAGCCUUAGAGAUAGAUGUCUAACUGUUCAAGUUUCCCAAACAUUACAGUAGAUUCUCCCAGUGUGGAUGCAUGAUAGAAUCAAUCUCUCAUGUUAUAGAUGUGACCACACAUUCAUUCCUUUGCAUUCAUGUUACUUUGGCCAUAAUGUUACACAUGAUGUGCAUUACACUUACCAGCUUUAGGAGGCAGAUACUCAGGUAAAAACAAGUUUAGGGCUGGAACUACCUGGGAGAGCUUUGCUUCCAUUCUCUUUUGCCAAAUAGGAACAGGAGACUGGCUGGUUGUGCUGCAGGGGGAAUAAGGAGAAAUGUUCUCAUAGUUCCAACCUUUCUAGUGCUUUACACUGGGAAAUAGGAGAAGGAAAUACGUCGUGUGCAAUGACACUGGUUCAUGGGUGCAAGGGUGGGAUUUUCUUAAAUGAAUAUUAUAUAUGAUACUUGGAAAUAUUCUCAGAUACAUUCCGUCUUUCUGAAGUCAGUGACUAUUUUAUAACAUCCAUUUGAGAAACUGAAUUACAAUUUGCCAAAUGAAAAAUAUAUUUCUAAUGCCAGACUGGAAGAAUUUCCAAGAUCUCUUAUAAUGAUGUCUAUUCCUUAGCAUCUUACCAAAGGGUGAUAUUCCACUGUCUUUUCUAAACCAAGUAUAAUCCAAAAAGUGUUUGGUUUUGGUUCACUUUGGUUCAGCUGGCAAUUGUGGUGAUGGGAAUGACAGAACAAAUUGUCUCAAGAAAGAAAAAUCAUGCCAAGAGAAAAUUCUAAGAGGAGUGUGGAAUAAUACCUUAGCAGCCUCUAGCAAGGCAGAUGUAAAUGCUCGUGUAAAUUCUGUAUAUAGUUCAUUGAAAUGUUCUGUCAUCUUAUGUUGUGUGUGGUUGACCAUGGCUUUGAAUGGAUGCUAAAAAACCUGAGACUUGUAAAUAAUGUUCACGCAUUCUGAUGGCUGCUUUCAGUGCUAGCCCGCAUUGUCAUCAUUUGGGCCCAAACCAGAAUCUUUCAGCUCUUGUUCAUUCUCAGCCAUUUUUGGGUGCAGUUCUGUGACCCUGCUACAAGGCAUCGCAAGGUCCAUGUGUUCAGUGCCUCCUCCCUCCCCCUCUCCCACUGGCCGGGGCAGCAGCUUGUUGAGUGUGUCUAAUGGAGACGGGGGGAUUAGCAACACCAGCAGAAACUGCUAGGCCUGCCAGCUACUGCUGGUGCUGCCUCAUGGGAAGUAGAGGGUAUAACUCCUGAGAGUUAAUUUAAUGGCUAUUUGUUUAUCCAGAUCUCAAUUAUCAGUGCUUACUAAAGGGGGGUCAGGGAUGGAAUGAAAAAUUGAAAUCUACAAAUAAUCCAAAGGCUAGUGUUUGCCAAAACCAUGGGCUUCUAUUGUUCUCUCCACCUAAUUUCCUUUUUUUCUUUUUCACCUGAUUUGCCAACUAGGAGCUUAAAGAAAAAGUUUUCCAAAACUUUUUGGUUCUUCUUCCUAUCUUUACAAAAGUUUCACUAGGAUUGAUAAUAAAAGGUUAAAUACCCCAAAAGAGAAGAAAAGGGAAGAGAAACAAAGGACUUGACUUGGAAUCCACACAGAUCCAAAGGAAUCCAUAAACUGGAUAAUCCAGUUAUAAGAAAAUGUGGAUAAGAAGUCUUAUGUGAUCCUAUAAUCAACCAUGCGGGGCCAUGCAAGCCCCAGUGGAGACAGCUGUUCCAGAGAAAUGCACUAGUUGAACAUACCUGUUAUUGUAGUAUCAUGAGUGAAAAUGUAGGGUUUGCUGUGUACUAAAGCAUAACCCAAUGAAAAUCACUUCCCGCAAAUGGGGAUCAGUUUCCUUUUCUGUAAAACAAAGGGGUGGAUGAUCUUCUGAAGUUCCACAUAAUUCUCAUAUCCAGUUACAUCUCUGUCAUAGCAAGUUUUUUGGCAUGUAAAGGAAAGAUUUAGAGGAAUACAUCUUGAUUCCACCUUGAUGAGUACAAGGGGAACUCAGCUUGACUGAAAGCUAUUAAUUCUCAAUCAGUCUAUACAAUCUGAAACUGCUUAAAAGCAAAGAUUUUUUCUAGGUAUUUAAACAUAAAAAUGUUAUACUAUAAUUGUCAUGGGCUAUGAGGAUGCUAAGACUAAAAUUGUUUUUUUUUUCUUUCACCUUGAGUUUUUAUAUCCAAAGAUUAUUCAAAUCCAAAGAAGGAACUCAUAGUAGUUCCAGGUCUACCCUGCCUCCCAACAUCUAUCCAUCCUUAUCCUGGAGUAAUAAAAGCUAAUCAGAAAAGUUAAUAGGUUAUGGGUAGGGAAAAGGUGAUUGAAUUUGUGGUUGAGUCUGGCAGGACAACUCUACUCACAGAACAACUCUGCCUGCCUUGCCUGCCACUUAGACAAUCAAAACUGAGAAUCCAAAUAACAGUAUAUUUGCCUCAGGUAGACAUGGUUAGGACAUCAAAACCAUCACUGAUAGAAGCUGGAGAGUACUCAAGGACACCAAGGGUAAAUACCCCACUCUUGUGUGUGGGCUAUAUAAGCAGGGGUAUCUUGUAAUACCCCAUUUCUUAUUCCCAUGCUAAGAAACCAGUAAAAGAGAGGAGGGAGCUGUAUUUCCAGGCAUAGCUUUUUUCUGAAUGUCAAUUAUUGAAAUUUAAAACUAUAUAUGCAUAUUUAAUCCACUUGGCUUCUAUAAAGCAUUUCCUUUCUGAGAUCAUCUUUCCUGUGCCAGUUUAUUGUCUGGAAUUUGUUUCAUUUUGCCUCAGGUAACAUGAUUGAAAAGACUUAUUUUCUAAGGGGAUUUUUUUUUUCUUUUUUCUCAUUCCCAACAUUCACAAAGUAUCUUGAAUUCAGCCCAUUAGGAUCUUCACUUCAUCAGCUUGGAUAUCUUCUAGUUAUAGUCUUCAUACACACACAAAAAAAUGGCUUUUAAAAAAUCUCCUCAGACUCCUGCCUCAGUUGCCUUAUUCUCUAAGUAGCUACUUUUAAGACCUUUGGGGGGUGGCUUUCGGGACUACAUUAGUCACCACCACUGCCAUUCUUCUCCAUAUUAUUUCUGUGUAUUUCUACAUAUGUGAGGAGUGCCCACUUCCUGGAAUAUCUGAGCAUGUUAAGAAACCUCCUGUUUCAGUCCAAUUCCAAACUAAGUGGGAAUAUCCUUGUUUACCCUAAACUAAAGUUAAGUCUAUUGAGACCAAUGGGGUUUAUACCAGAUCACUGAAAUAUCCACACAAAGAUAUUGCCUCUGAGGUUCCUUCUGUCUCUAACUCUAUGAUUCUAGGACAACCUCACCUUGAAUCUGCAAUUUCAUAUAUGUAAAUAGUACUAUGAAAUAUCACUAUAUCUAUCCAUGGCUUAAUCAUGACUAAUUUUGAUAUGAAUAAUUUACUAUUUUCUAUUUUAUUCCUUCAAGAAUGAUAUAUCUUACUGUCACUAAAUGAUUUAUCUUUUCCCAUUAGACUAGCAAGUAUAAUCCUAAUUUUAAACUUGUUCUUUACAGAAGACUAGGCCUAUGUUCUACCCCAUGUUCCUCUCUCCCCAACCUUUUAGUAGUUCUUAUCAAGUCACAAAUAAAUAUAAGGAACAUAUUUAUUAAAAAUAAAUAAUUACAAGACUUAGAUGGGAGAUAAUAAAUUGAAGAAAAAUCACUGGAGUGAGAAUUAAGAAAAUUAGAAUCUGGUUCUAGAUCUGUCACUAACUACAUUUUUUACCUAGAAUAAAACAGAAUGGUUUGGGCUAAGAUGAUCUCCAACUCUAAAAAUGUAUAAUUUGAUGAAGUCUCUAAGUAGAGAACAGUGUGGUAUAUUAUAAAGAGCACUGAACUUUGGGACUCAGAAAAUCUGUGUUUGACUCUUAGCCUUACCACUAUUAAUUGUGAGUCCUUGGGAGCAAAUACUUCAAUCUAAGUGUGUUUGCUCUCCUGAAAGAUAAGGAGAAGGGGAACCAAAUGAUCUGUCAGGCCCCUUCCAUCACUAAAAUCAUAGACCUUCAGAACGAGUAGUUUAAUUCAAGAUAAUUGAGUCCAAACCUUUAUUUAUGCUUUUUACAGAUGAAGAAACCAAGGUUCCAGGAAACUAAGUGAUUUACCUAAGAUCACACAGCUAACAGGUAGGGAAGCCAGGAUUUAGACCAGGGUAUUCAGAUUCCAAACCCAGUGGGAUUUCCAUUACAAACAUACUACCUAACAUCUGGGCAGGUACUGCAUUUGUUGACAUUGUUCUAUUUUUUCCAAGCCUCAAUUUUUAUCUUUCCAUGUACUGUAACUAACGUAGAAGUUUAAGUUAUCAAUUCUUUGUUUUUACUAUUCUAACCUAAAAUGUCUUUAUACCUUUUCCUGACCCUUCAACCACUAAUCUCAGUAAAUUCAGUUCAUUUUAACAAGUAUUUCUUAAGCACCCAGGUGUGUGAAAUGUACUAUCUCAGGUCCUGGGAAUCCAAAUUUGGGAGCAUGGAAAGAGGGUGAUGACAGUCCUUGUUCUUCAAGGAAUUUACAUCCUUCCAAACAGAGACUAAAAAGAGGGGACAUGUAUUAAAAAAACACCUCAAAAGAUAAGUUAGAUUCAGAUGUGGAGAGCCUUAAAUGCCAUCCCUAGUGGAAAUAGAGACCUAGUAAUGACUUCUGAGCAAGGGAGUAACAUGGUCAGAAUGGCACAUUAGGAAGAUUAUUUUGGCAGGGGGGAUUGUAGAAGGAUUAGGCUGAAGGAAAGAGACUCAAUUAGAUAGCUACUAAAAUUGUCUGGAAAAGAGGUGAUGAAAGUCUAAAUUAAAAUAGUUACCAUAUAAGUAAAGAAGGGGAUGGACAGGAGAGAUAUAGUCAAGGUAGAAAUCAUAGAAUUUGGCAAGUGAUUGGAUAUGCACUGGUGAGGGAGGCAGAGGAAUUUAAAAUUUUAGAGGUUACGAAUCUAGGUGACUGGUUUCCUAUUCAGCAGAAAUAGGGAUGUAUGGAGGAGGUACAGGUAAGAAAUAAGGACUAUUUCUUCCUCUGAGACAGUGAAAAUAGAGAGGUGUUGAGGUGUGAUAUAUGGAAAAUGAAGGAAUUCAUGAGAAAUAGCCUUAAUUUUCUCAGCAGAGGAGGAAGUGAUAUCUUCUUGGGGUGCUAAGGGAAGAAUAGGGGCCACAAGCUGGAAAUAAGUCACUUCUGAGUGGUGAUCAAGAGACAGUGGGGAAGAAUUAAAAGGCUGCAAUUUGGCAAUGAUUCAGACUAAACCCUUUAAGGGAUCAUAUAAUUCAGAGCUGGAAGGAACUUCAGGUAAAGACCUUAUCUUCUAAUCAUCUGUAUCCUACAGAGUAAUGGUCUAUAAAUGUUGACUGAAUGGCUACAGCUCCUGUUUGCAUAAAUGAGUAUUGGCUGUCCCAGGAUAUAGUUACAAUAGCUCUUUUGAAGGGCAGGAAGAAGGGUAGGAUGGCUGUUGGAUAUUGCUCCUUGUUGGAGUAUCAUAGGUUGCUUUCCAAAUAAUUUCCAUGGGUGGCAUAAAUACAAAGACAUUACCAGACUGCACUGUUGAGGUCCCUACAAGUUGAUCAUCUCAGAUACCACAUGCCCUCCUAGAUGAAUUUUGUUCUGUUUUUCCCCCUUGUUUAAUUUUAUUCCCUUGGCCAACCAACUUCAUAAAGUUCAUAAAGUUGCGGUUGAACUAUGAGUAAUUUGUAGCAUUAAGCACUAAAGUGAUCCCAAUAUGAAUCCUAAGGGGAUCACAUCAGGGCACAGCCUCUGUUAACCACCGUGGUAAUCAGACAAAAAUUAUGAGACUUGAAAACUACCUAAGAGCCCAUUUGGUCUUUGAUACAAUUGACUGCUCCUAAGACUUUGUCUAAAAGACCUAUGAUAAAAAUUCUUUUUCACGUGCCCCUUAUUAAUCUUCUUGUUUUCUUGUCAUAUGAAUGAUUUAUUUAUAUUUUAAAUAAUAAUUAUACCCUUUAAUGAUUUACUUUAGGAUGAUAGUCAGAUACCUUAUUUCUGUUAGAUGAUCAGAUGUUCAAUUAUUUGUUAUGCCCUACCUACAAUCCUUCUAGAUACAAUGUACAACGUAUGCCCUCUUUUCCAAUAUCCUAAUCAAAUCAACUCAUUUUAACUUGCUUAUUGCAUCUGGAUGCAGCUGGAAUCAUCUAUGAAUAUACUGCAGCAAUAUCCCUAAAGCCCUCCCCAAAAAGUCCCUUUGUUCAUUUUCUCUAAACUCAUUGGAAAAUAGAAUUAUAUACGUGCAAUUGUUCAGAUUUGGAAACCUUAGUAUUCAUUCAAUUCAGUGAGAUCACCACAGUAUUCUCAGUCACGCAUACAUGCAUAAACACAUUUACUGUAAUUAUAUGUUGCAUAAUUUGUUCUUUUCUAGAGAAUCCAUAUUAUUUACAAACAACCCAACUGCUAGAAACCACCAUGUGACAAGUAUUACAAAAAUAAGUGUCAUUGUAUGCGUCUGAAUGUCACAUUUUUAAAACAUCAAGGUUUUCUGAACUCUUUUGUAAUGAAUGAAACAUACUCUUCUCCUUUGCGUUUGGAUGAAUAGGUAACAGUUGGAAGUGCCAUUACAGCAGGCUAACAGCCAAGGUGAAGCCCAGUAUGGUAUUUUAGGGCUCAGUGGCAAAGUGAAAUGGCAAGUUCAGUCAAUUAUUUUUCCCAUUUAAAGGAAAAACCAUGUUGUUGACAGGGGAUAAGAAACGUGUUGGGGUGAGAGUAAAGAUGGACUGAAAAUUUCUAAUAAAGCUAUCCAUAUUGAAUUAACCAUAUUUCAGUUCUCCCCUUGAUUCUCUGCCUGAUUUGAAACAACCUGAGGUGAUGGGCCUUUAUAAAGGAAUCUCAAUUUGAUGAAGGCAGGGUUAAUCUAUUUUCUUAAGUAAUAAACUUAGGGUAUCCUCCUGGCAAUGAAAUGUGCCUCUAGAGCCUCAUCUAACAGUGGGUGAAGUACCUCUAACACUUCCAAGUAAUCUAAAUUUCUUGUACCAGCCUCCCUGUGAACACUAUUGAACUUCACUAAUGUGGUAUCCUGUUCUAUAGAACUGGGUUUUCCUAAAGAAAGUGCCACACCCAUCUAGAAUGAAGAUAGGUCCACUGCUGCCUCUUAGACAUAGUAAUAACUUGCAAUUCUUACACAGGGGCAAGCAUCACAAAAUGCACCAAGAAAAGACAAAUUCAGUUGAAGUAAGGGGGCAUGGUGGGAGUGGGAAGAGAUCCUAGACCAUGCCCUUUGGAGGAGGAAGAGAAAGAGAGCACCAAGUCAAGUUGUAUCUACCUUCCAAAAGAGUAUAAGUGCUAUGAGCACCCUCCAAAUUCUAAUGCCCUGGAGCAAAGCCACCAAAUUACCCCCCCCCAUUAUAGUUCUGUUCUCAGAAAACAUUCCAUUUCUGCUAAAAUCAACAAAUAUUUCUAGGAUAUUAGACACUGUGAUUCCCUGUAGUGUUUUAAAAUCUCCAACUAAUCAAUUUGUUGAACAAUCAAAGGUACCCUCUUAGCAGCCAAGAAAGCCCAUUCCUGAAAAGCUGAUUCUUAAUCAUGAAUUUUAAUAUACCACACACUAUGUUAGAAGAUUGAUAACACGACUGGUAUUACAUGGCUCUUGUAAAUAAAAUACUCCUUUUAUCUGUUUAUUUUUUUCAGCAGGAAGAACCUAUUUGUUUAAUUACAGACACAUAAAUUGCAAUAUUUUACAAAUGCUCUUUUGACAUACACAUUUGCUUUGUUACAAAAGCAAGAUUGUUGCAGUAAUGCUUUUUAUACACCAGUCACACUGCAAAAACACGGUUAAAAUAAUACGAGUAUUUCUGAAAACAUGGGGAAAUUUUUAUGAAAUGGAACUGGUUGAACAAAUGCCAAGGAUGGGCAGGUCGACUACUUAAUUUUAUAAUUCAAUUUUUCUAUUUUGUAUUGGUAUAUGCUGCAUUUUCUGAUUCCAACUGCUGUCCUGUCCAAUGAAAUUUGUGAAUCUCUGUAGAUGCUUUUUACACAUGAAUCAGACUUUCAUACAGUGUGUGCUUUAUUGUACCCUUUUGUUAGGGAUUUCGUUAAAAUAGUCUAACAAUUAUGGUCAUUCCUUCUUGUGUGCUUAAAGGUCUGUAUAUCUUUUAAUUCCUUCACUGUCUCCAAGGCUCUCUGUGCAUAAUAUCCAUGAAAACCUAUAGACUGUGAUUUAUACAAUUAUUCUAAGACGUAGGUUUCCCUCAAGUGCAGUGAAUCAAAGAACCAGAAACUGUUAAAUGGCCUCUGAUUCUUGGCUCCCUUGGGUCUUUAUGACCUUUUUCUAUUCUU